CGCGCCAUGGGACAACUGAUCGCCAAGUUGAUGGCCAUCUUCGGGAACCAGGAGCACAAGGUUAUCAUCGUGGGACUGGACAAUGCCGGAAAGACCACCAUUCUCUACCAGUUCCUGAUGAAUGAGGUGGUCCACACAUCUCCCACCAUCGGUAGCAAUGUGGAGGAGAUCGUUCUGCGAAAGACACACUUCCUCGUGUGGGACAUAGGGGGGCAGGAGGCUCUGCGCUCUACCUGGAAUACCUAUUACUCCAACACUGAGUUCAUCAUCCUUGUGAUUGACAGCACGGACCGGGACCGGCUGCUGACCACUCGGGAGGAGCUGUAUAAGAUGCUGGCCCAUGAGGCUCUGCGAGAUGCUUCUGUCCUGAUCUUUGCCAACAAGCAGGAUAUGAAGAACUCCAUGACCACCAUGGAGAUCUCUCAGUUCCUCACUCUGAGCACCAUCAAAGACCACCCGUGGCACAUCCAGGGCUGCUGUGCCCUCACCGGGGAAGGGCUGCCCGCGGGGCUCCAGUGGAUGCAAUCUCAGGCCACUGCCAACUGAUGCCCCGACCUGAGGCCAACCAAAGACUUCGGGGGGUUUUGCUUGGACUACAUGGGUGGAAAGCCCAAGUGAUGAUUACUUUUCUACGAUUCUCUGAUGGGAGCUGGGUCAGCUCUGGACAGUGAGAUUGCCACAGUCCACCCAACCCAACCCCGCCACCAAGGGGCUAGACAGCCCGCCCUGACCUGCUGCAGACAGGCAGGACAGCAGAAGAGCUGCCCUUCACUCCAGGGAAGCAGGUGUCCUUGGAGGCACAGGCAAGCCGUUGGACAUGUGAGGGAUUGGGAAGUGGAGCCCCAUCCCCUCAGCCCGCAAGCUCUUUGAGGAAAAAAAAUGGGGGACGGAGUAAGAGACCGCCGGGAAUUGCUCUUUAUUUCCUAGAACCCCACCCCCUAUCCGUUGAUUCCCGCCCCAGCUUUCUGGUCCCUUAGCCAUCUUUGAGCAAAGGAGAUUCCAGAAAGGUGAAGGGGCAGGCUCAGGGGAAGGAGGACAGAGCCAAAAACUGGUGGGAAGGGAGAGGAAGAAGGACGGGACAUCCCGGACGGGGACAUGCCUUGCACCUUGGGGAGUUCCACUCCUCCCAGGCCUUUCAUUUCCCUCUGGGAUGCUGGCUCUGACCACAGCUUCUGAGCGUUAAGCCAUCCUAUCCUAUGCCCUCCAGUCCUUCCAGUGUGAAUCCCACUCCUCCCACAUGUCUCCAGUUCCUACAGCGUGCCUAUCUCGACUAUCUUUUGUCAUGAUUUUGUCAUUGUUUUAGAAUUUUUAUAAAAGUAUAAUAAAUGCCAUUGAAAACUG